UUAUACAUUGAACAGUAGAUAAAAAAUGAAUAUGUAACCUUGUCGAGUCGUCACAGUCGAAUUUCGAAUCAGUUCAAAACGGUCGCGAUGAAGUCGAGCGUGUGUGUUUUCCUGUUCUAUUUAACGGCGGUAAUGGCUGCUGAAGAAUGGCGGGAAGUGAAAAUUGCGCAAGGAACGGUGCGCGGACGCAGACAUCCCGAUAAAGAUUUGUUCGUCUUCUACAAUGUACCCUACGCCACCACCCCUGUGGGACUGGAUAAGUUCAAGGCACCGCUUCCACCACCGCAAUGGUCAGAACCAUACGAUGCUAUCAAUGAAAAUGUUGCAUGUCCACAGAAUGAGUUGUUAAGUGCACUGGUCAACUUUACUUUUAAUAUUAAAGAAGAUUGCCUUAUCGCUAAUGUCUAUGUUCCCGAAACAGACAAAAAGAAUCUGUCGGUUGUUGUAUGCGUACACGGGGGAGGCUUUAUCUUAGGUUUUGGCAAUAUGAUGAAACCCCUACAUUUACUAGAGAAGAAAGAUAUAAUCCUGGUUACAUUCAACUACAGACUCGGUGUGCACGGAUUCCUAUGUCUCGGUACCGAGGGCGCACCAGGCAAUGCUGCCAUGAAGGACCAAGUAGCCCUGCUAAAAUGGGUACACAAUAACAUUGCUAGUUUUGGCGGAAACCCUGAUGACGUCACUCUUAUAGGCAGCAGUGCAGGUUCUGCAUCAGUAGAUCUACUAAUGAUUUCUAAGGCAGCUGAAGGAUUGUUCCACCGUGUAGUACCUGAGAGUGGAGGCAAUCUAGCUGCCUUUACUAUUCAAAGCGAUCCGCUGGAAAAUGCCAAAUUAUUUGCGAGACAACUAAACUUCACGCACCUAGAUGAUAUUUGUGCUUUAGAAGAGUUCUACACGACAAUACCACUCGAAUUAUUGAUCUCAGAUGCAUUUUUCGAUAGAACUGAUUCUACCUUCCUAUUUUCACCGUGCGUAGAACGCGAUACCGAAGGUGCGUUCCUAACAGAAGCUCCUCUGAGUAUAAUAAAAAAACAAAACUACAAAAAGUUACCUCUGUUAUAUGGAUUCUCUAAUAUGGAAGGACUAUUUCGUAUUGAUUUCUUUGAUAGUUGGAAAAAUAAGAUGAAUGUCAAUUUUUCUGAAUUCUUGACACCUGAUUUGAAGUUUGAAAGCGAAAGUGAAAGAAAGAAAGUCGCUGAUGAGAUUAAAAAGUUCUAUUUUGGUGAGAAACCGGUGGGUAAUGAUGGCACGAUAGCUUAUGUUAAUUACUUUUCGGAUGUUUUGUUCACUCACCCUAUGCUUUGGGCAGCGAAGUAUUACGCCGAAGGUGGUAACAAUCAGGUUUAUCUAUAUGAAUACUCUUUUGUUGACGAGGACACUCCACUGGUGCCUCACACUGACGUACGAGGAGCCAACCACUGCGCACAAACAAUGGCAGUAAUGGAUUCAGGAGAUGAAACCAAACUGUCCCAAAAAUAUCAGGAUAUGAAGAAAACUAUGCGGGAAAUCUGGUAUAAUUUCAUUAAAACUGGGAAACCUGUACCUAAAGGAUCAUCAUUGCCUGCCUGGCCGGCAGCAGGUCCUGACAGAUCGCCAUAUAUGAAGCUGAAUGAAAAGUUGGAACUAGGUGGGAUCCUUUUAGACGAACGCACUCGCUUCUGGGACGAUAUUUACGAAAAGCAUUACCGAGAACCCGAGGCGCCUCCAGCGCCACCGAAAUGCCAAGAAAAAUCGUAAGACAUAUUGUUGGGCUACAUUAAACUAAUUAUGAGAGUUUAUGUAUUAAAGCAGUUAUUAAAUAACGACUCUUGCUUGUAUUUUAUCACUUCGAACGUAGUUGUGAAGUGAGGCACCUUUUACAAAUUUUGAAUACAGGUUCCAGUUGAAAUUAUGUCAUUUAAUGAAGCUCAUGUAUUACUAUAUUUAAUUUUUAUUAUCACAAUAGUACUUAUAGGUACACAAAACACAAUAACAUGAAACACGAAAUGUGAUUGUCUAUUGUCUUUUUUUUCAAUCCUACUGUAAACAAAUGUUUACAAGAGUAUUCACUGAAAAUACCAGAUAAGAAAUUUUUAAUAGGUAGUAAUAUAUGAAAUUUUAAACACCAAGUUUUUCAUAUAAUUUUCCACCAUAUUGCACAAUGGCCCUGCAUCAACCGGGGAUUGUCCAUGGACGCACUUGGAUUGUGCACAAAUGAUUAAUUGCCAGCUACUUAAUAUCCCAUUUCACCUACAGGGUGUAAAAAGACACUUAACGAAGCCGUUAACUACGCAUACUGCAGUUCUAAGUAGCUUUACGCUAAAAUUAUCACUGGGAGACGACUUUUAUUUUUAGGUAUCAAAAAAAAAUGUAUUGCGUGCAAUGUAAAGCAAACGGGCUUCGUGUCAUUGUGUGCGUAGCUUCACAGCUUAGCAUUAAAACGCUGUGAUAAGUACGUUGGUCGGCGUUUUACUUCGCAACAACAAAACAAUUCUGUAAAAUAAAAAUCCUACUGAGAUGCACGAUGUUUUUUGUGCGGGUCUGCAUUUAUUUAUUACGUACAUUACUGUUCGUAACUUCAAAUGCGUAAUUUAUUUAGAAAAAUCGAAAAUUCAGGUAAUAUUUGUUUGGAAAAAAGUUUUGUAAUAAUACUUAGAAUUCGAUUGCGUAAAAAAAAUGCAUCUUUGACCUUCAAUAUCUCGAGAACCCGUGGAGUCCCAGCUAUGGUCUUAAAGAAAAAAAUGAUCCAAAUAAUGGGUAGAAUACGUGGCUUUCGGCUUCGUUAAGUGUCUUUUUAUACCCUGUAUAUUCAAGCUGUUCAAAGGGCCUCUGCGAGUUGGCUUCGGCCCCUCAUAUUCCCCAUUGGCCCCUUCCAAAGUUCCGGAUAAGUAAUGGAAAUACAUAUGAUAAAUAAAAUAUUAAAUUCCAUGUUAUCACUAUCAUCAAUAUACCUACAAGAAUUGUCUGAAAUCCUAAUAACAGUUUUAAAAUAUGUUAUUUUUUAUAAUAUAUUACUUUAAAUAUAUUAACUGCAGUGUGAGAGCACCCUAGCCAAACGC